UUAAUUAAUUUAUGCAGGAGGGGAGGGAUAUUUCUGCCACUGACUGAGCUGGUUCCAGCGGUGCCUGUAGCAUUUUAUUUGCGAGCCCAUCCGUUUGUGCGCUGACCGUGACAGCACUUAGAGCAGCCCGUAUUCAGCAACCCUACAGCAGAUAUCAUCACCUGAACAAGCAGAGAUCACUCCGGUUUAUUGGUCAUCAGUUCAGCCACACUGUGAUCGUCUGUGCACACCUGUCACCUCCCCAUCCAAAUCACAGCUCCUACCUGUGGCGUAGCACAGCACACACCUCACCUUGACCCUCGUCCUUGCAUCCCUCCCUUGUUUUACCACUCCACGACGGGGACGCCUCUUUGCCAUCUGCUCAUAAGGGAAGCAGUUAAGAUGCUGCCAGGUCUCACCAUCUCAUUCUCAUACCUCACCCGAGGAUAAUCACCUCAAUUUCCCCUGCUCGACACACGCUGCGACCGGUGAGAUGAGUGACUGGGUGUGUCUGAGCCCGGCUGAGUUCUCCCAGCUUCAGCAGUACAGUGAGUAUUCCUCCAAGAAGCUUAAAGAUGUGCUGGAAGAGUUUCAUGGAAAUGGUGUCCUCUCCAAGUACAAUCCUAAGCAGCCCAUCGACUAUGAGGGCUUCACGCUUUUCAUGGCCACCUACCUGGAGAAUAACAUCCCGGAGGAAUUGUGCAAACACCUCUUCACCUCCUUCAAGAGCAAGAAUGGUGGAGGCAGCUCCCCUGACGCUUCUCGAUCUGGAGCAUGCAUGCUAGAGCCCCAGUCCAUCGAUGCAGGCAUCUCUAUACAGACUGAAGUGGCCUGUGCUCCCAUAACAGUAGGUAUGAAUGGAAAGAGUAUUCUGAGCGCUAUGGGCCGCCUUACACCAGAGCACUCUUCAGGGAAUUCUCCAAGCUCAGGGGCCACCCCGUCUCCCUGCUCCUCCCGCUCCUCCUCACAACACUCCGGAACAGGGGGCCACACACCCAGAGGCCCCCACCGGUCGCCCUGCACGCAGUCCAAGCCCGCAGCAGGCAGCAGCAACAGCAAUGCUUUGGCUCUCUCCAAGACCACCAACUCCCCGCGUCUCUCUCCAGAGCGAAGUCAAACUGAGAAGUGUUCAUCUCUCCGGAGGAGUCCUUCUCCACAAAAGGGCUCUCCACUGCCCUCGCCCCAAGUGGUCUUCCUAAAAGACAUUGUGUGCUACCUGUCCCUGCUAGAGAGAGGGACACCAGAGGACAAGCUUGAGUUCAUGUUCCGGCUAUACGACACAGAUGGCAAUGGUGUGUUGGACAGUUCAGAACUCGACCGCAUAAUAAAUCAGAUGGUCCAUGUAGCUGAGUACCUGGAAUGGGACUCUACAGAACUUCGGCCGAUUCUUAAGGAGAUGAUGGAGGAGAUUGACUAUGAUCGAGAUGGAACAGUCACACUAGAGGAGUGGAUCAGAGGAGGAAUGACCACCAUUCCACUCUUGGUAUUGCUGGGAAUGGAGACGAAUGUGCAGGAAGAUGGGCAGCAUGUUUGGAGACUGAAGCACUUCAAUAAGCCAGCAUACUGUAAUUACUGCCACACUAUGUUGUUAGGGGUGCGAAAACAGGGCCUUUGCUGCUCACUAUGCAAGUACACAGUCCAUGAGCGCUGUGUGUCCAAAGAUAUUGCUGCUUGCAUUAGCACCUACGCCAAGUCCCGCAGACACACCAAUGCUAUGCAGCAUGUUUGGAUAGAGGGCAACUCUCCAACAAAAUGUGACAGAUGUCACCGCAGUAUCAAGUGCUAUCAAGGUCUAACAGGCCUUCACUGUGUUUGGUGUCAAAUCACUCUCCAUAACAAGUGUGCGUCACAUGUGAAGCCUGAAUGUGAUGGUGGACCAUUUAAAGAUCACACUCUCCUGCCCUCAUACAUCUGCCCUGUUGUUCUGGACCGUCAGCCUGCUUUAAAAAGAGGUGAAGGAGAGUCACCGCCCAAUACAAGCCCUGAGGAUACUGGCCAGUGUUUCAAGUUCACUGGUGAUGGUCAAGCACUGCAAAUCACCCCUCUGCCCGGAACACAUCCCCUUCUUGUGCUGGUUAACCUUAAGAGUGGUGGUCGGCAGGGUGAGAGGGUGCUGCGGAAGUUCCAGUACAUUCUCAAUCCCAGACAGGUGUACAGUCUGGACAGGGGAGGACCCAUGGUGGGGCUCAACUUUUUUCGAGACGUGCCUGAUUUCCAUGUGUUGGCCUGUGGAGGCGAUGGAACAGUGGGGUGGAUUUUGGACUGCAUUGAUAAGGCCAAUUUUGCUCGGGACCCCCCUGUCGCAAUCUUGCCACUGGGAACAGGGAAUGACCUUGCCCGCUGCCUGAGAUGGGGUGGAGGCUAUGAAGGAGGCAGUCUGGUCAAAUUUCUCAGGGACAUCGAACACAGCACCGAAGUGCUGCUUGACCGCUGGAACAUUGACAUCGUCCCUGAUGAUAAGGAGGAAAAGGGUGACCCUGUGCCCUACAGCAUAGUAAACAACUAUUUCUCCAUUGGAGUGGAUGCAUCCAUAGCACAUCGCUUCCACUUGAUGAGAGAGAAACAUCCUGAGAAGUUCAACAGCAGGAUGAAAAACAAGUUGUGGUACUUUGAAUUUGGCACCACAGAGACCAUCUCAGCCACUUGUAAAAAGCUGAAUGAAAUCAUUGAGGUGGAGUGUGAUGGCAUCAUCUUAGACCUGAGCAACACAUCUCUGGAGGGCAUUGCCGUGCUCAAUAUUCCCAGCAUGCACGGGGGCUCCAACCUCUGGGGCGAGACCAAGAAAAGACGCAAUUACAAUCGCAUGAGUAAGAAAGUACCAGAAAGGAUGACUGCCAACACCAUCACUGAUGCCAAGGAGCUCAAGUUUUGUAUGCAAGAUCUGAGUGACCUGCUUCUGGAGGUGGUGGGUUUAGAGGGAGCAAUCGAGAUGGGUCAGAUCUACACAGGUCUCAAGAGUGCUGGGCGGCGCCUUGCACAGUGUUCCAGUGUCACCAUCAGGACAUCCCGGCUGCUGCCCAUGCAGAUUGAUGGAGAACCGUGGAUGCAGCCUCCUUGCACGAUACGGAUCACCCAUAAGAAACAGGUGCCCAUGCUGCUGGGGCCACCCCAGAAAACCUUCUUCUUCUUCAAGAAGCUUAACAGAAGUCGGGAUUAGAUGUGGGACUCAAAAACCAUCACCUCUUCAAUCAUACAAAUACACAAAAACAUCUCCACCUUCCUCAGCCUCUUCUUCAUCUUUGGGUGUUGGGGGCCCAUAUAGAAGGGGCUGGGUGCAGAUCUUUACACUUUGGAACACUUUAGUGAACUUUCAUUGUCAAAUGUUAAAAACACUGUAAUGACAACACUGUAAUAGACCUUUAAUGGCCAGUGGACUCCAGUCUCCCAACAUAGCCUGAUCUUCACAGGCUAAACCAAUUGAAUAGACCCUUUCUAAGUGUCAUGACCACUUCCUGUGUCUUAUCAUCAAGAAAGUCUUAUUGCAGGAACUGUGAACUGUAAGCUAUAACUUCCAACCAAAUUGCCCCUACCACUUCCUUGGGAUCAACACUGUGCCAUCUCUCUUCUCUUGAGAUGGCUCUUUAUAAUAUACUGCCAAUUUCCAU